UGUAAUCAGUCAUUGCACAGGGUAGAGAUCAGAAAGCAAAAACUCCUCCCUGUUCACGCGGAGAACUGGGAGAAGUUACAGCAAGUCUGAAGCUACCUGCUUGUGGUAAUGCUUUAAGUAAAAGUUCAGAUAGCCGCUGGAUAAAUUAACAGAAUGGCUGCUAACGCAUCACCGUCUGAAGUGGAGUGCACCUGCCCCGUGUGCUGUGAAAUCUUUAAGGAUCCCGUUCUCUUGCUGUGCGGUCACAGCUUCUGUAAGUCCUGCCUUCAGGAGUGGUGGAGGAAGAGCACACAGCAGACAUGCCCGGUCUGCAAGGAAAUCUUUCCCAUGGGUGAGCCUCCACGUAAUCUGGCGCUGAGGAACCUGUCUGACGCCUUGAGACAAGAGAGGAGUCAGAGAGCUGACUCGGCAUCUGAAGAGCUCUGCAGUCUGCACAGUGAGAAGCUGAAGCUCUUCUGUCAUGACGAUCAACAGCUCGUCUGCCUGAUCUGUCGGGAUUCACUAAAACACAAGAAACACAACUGCGUCCCCGUCAACGAAGCAGCAGAAGCCCAAAGGACCCAACUCAAGGUUCAACUGAUGACCUUAAAAAGCAAACUGGAGUCCUUUAACAGAGUGAAACUCAACUGUGAUAAAAUGAAGAGCCACAUCAAGCUCCAGGCUGAGCAGACGGAGAAGACGAUCAAAGAGGAGUUUCAGAGGCUGUACCGGUUCCUGCGAGCACAGGAAGUUUUUCGAGUCGACGCGGUGAGGAAAGAGGCGACGCUCAAGACUGAGGCAAUGAGGAUCAGGAUUUUAAAUCUGACCGCGCAGAUGUCUUUGGUCUCACACAAAAUCAAGACCAUCGAAAACGAGAUGAGGGCCGAGGACGACUCAUUCAUGCUGAAUAUCAAAUCCAUUAAGGAGCGAUCACAGUGCAACCUGCCAGAACCGGAGACUCCAUCAGGAGCCCUGAUCAACGAGGCCAAACACCUCGGGAACCUGCUGUUCACAGUCUGGGCAAUGAUGGCGAGUGAUGUCCACUACACUCCCGUGACUCUGGACCCAAACACUGUCGACUCGCUGUUGACUAUUUCAGAACAGGCGACCCGUUCAACAAGACGUGACAAGAGUCGGCCGCUCCCUGCGAAUCCAGAAAGGCUGGACAGCUCGGGCGUUCUCGGCUCGGAAGGCUUUCGCUCUGGAAAACACAGCUGGGACGUGGAGGUGGGGGGUUACUGGGCUCUCGGUGUGGCUGCUAGAACCAACAAUCAAACCUCUGGGCCCUGGGGCAUCUAUAUAUGUAACUGCCACGUCUGGAUGCAUGAGCUUAAGCCAACAGGCGGCAAAUGUGGUGGAGAAAUUAUAUCUAAAGAGUUGUUCCCCCAAAAAGUCAGAGUGCAGCUGGAUUAUGACAAAGGAAAACUGACAUUUUUUGACCUUGACAGGAAAAAAAAUUUGCACACAAUGAAACACACUUUCACAGAAAUAGUCUUUCCGUACUUUCCUGAUAGUGCAAAAAUCCUUCCGGCUAAAAUGUCAGUGGAAAUAAACCAACCCGGAUAACCGUUGUGAUUUACUGCAGAGGUCAAACUACUCAGCUGCCUUUGCAAAUCUUUAACUUGUUGCCAUAUCAGGUGUGACAGUUUGUAUGAAAGUUUAAUAUUUCUUUUGAUAUUUAGUUUAUGUCUGUCAGAUUUCACCACAGAUAAAUAAAUCUUGGUCUGUUGAGUGUCA